AUGUCUGGUUGGCCUGAGGAGCAGCGCGUGAGGCCGAACCGGGCGGGCAGCCUCCCUCGAAGAUCAGCACGCGAGGGAGUGCGCCAUACGGAUUCUCCACUCAUGCGUUCCACGGGCAGCGACUCAAACUACAACCCUCGCCGCAGUCCCCAGCAGUACCCAGGCGUUGGUGGCGGUGGCCAUCACCAGCACCCGCACCACCAUGGCCAUCCCCAGCAGCCAGUACCGCCGCCACCUGGAGCAGGAUACCGCCCCCAAAGCGGAACAACUCAAUCAAGCUUCUCCAUGUCUGACGAUUGGUUGUACCAGCUGGAGGAUCGAAUCACCCAGACAGCAUCAUCGCAGGGACAGCUCAAGGGCGAGUUUGUCAUGAUACAGGGCCGCGUGCAAAUCCUGGAGCAGCAGCUCGCCUCUGAGCGGGAGCGCUCGCGGCGCCUUGAGCAAGAGCUGCACUCCUUUCGCAGCGAAAUGCAUCGCUUCCAACAGAACGUUCACGGCGACUUUUCCACCUUGCGAGAGACGCUGGUCUUCUACAAGAACAUUCUUUCCAGGCAUGAAAUCCACUUCGAUUUACCGCCAGCCAUUGCCAAGAGACUGGAUUACAUGAACCCCCUCUCCAGGAUGGGUGCCCACUUGCAUCGGGAGGAUCGCCAAGGGGUGGAGGUCAUGUCCUGGGUCAAGGAUGUCCAACGCCAAAUGCCGCGCAUGCAGCAAUUUCAGCUCACGCUCCAUCCGCACCCGGAAGACCCAUCACGAUACGAGCUUGAGCUGACUAGCGAUGGCAUGGGGCAUCUGGUGGUCAACAAACUCUCCCAGGGCCUGUACGAUGACGGCCUGCGCAAAGGCGACAUCCUGCGCUUUGUUGAGGGAGCUGAGUUGAGCCACGCCACAGUGCCCGCUGCUGUGGCGCUGUUCCGCCGACGGUCAGAGGGCACGCGCGUCGGUGUGGAGCGGGAGAUGCCACAGCAGCCACAACAGCACCAGGACCAGAGCAGGCCGGAUUCGCGCACGGGCGCUGCCAGUCACAUUGGCACCUCUGUGCAAGUGGAAGGAAGCGUGCAGGCGACAACCACGGUACCGUCUGUGCAGUCACCGAGCCGUGUGCCCGCGGCCACCCGGCCGCGUGUGGGGUCGUUUGCAUCGUCAGACAGCCCGUAUGAGAGCAGCAGCACCAUUCGCGGGUUCCGUGCCCCCGCCAUUCGCUAUGAGUCCGAGACAGACGACGCAGAGCCAGACAACAACAGCGACGACGAGAACCGGGCGACAUACCACGCGUACAUGGCGCAGCAGCGGCCUCAGCAGGAGGGGGGACAAGCGGGCCAGUCGGCCCCGUCGCCCCAAAACAACCCAAGCCAGGCCGCAACAGCCAGCGGCAGCAACAUGGCGGAUACCAGUCGCCAGGCAUCCAGUGCCAGUCUUGCGUCACAGCACACCCUGUCGGGUUCGACGCAGCUGACAAUGCCGCCUCCGCCCUACCAUCAGCCACAGCAGCAGCAGCAGCAGCAGCAGGGACAACAUGCACCACCACAGCAUGUGUCGCAUCAGCAGCCAUCGCCUCAAGGCGGGCAGCAGGCUGAGUCCAACAACGACGUGUUUGCGCCACCCGCAGCGCCGCUGGUAGAGGAGCACCAGGUGUCGUUUCAGCGGCUCAACCCAAACUCACUUGGGUUUGGCGUUCGCGGCGUCUGCGACAAUGACGGCCAGAACUGCCAGCUGUUUGUGGGCAGCCUGAGUGAUGGCAGCCCCGCCCAGCGGCACGGCAACUUCAUGUAUAUGAAAGAAAAGCUCAAGGCGACAGGGCACACAUCGAUUCUUGUCAUAUCACGAAAGCAAAGCCAGGCCAAAUUGAUGCGUGCGCUGUCAAAGCACCGCCAAAAGGAGGAGGAGAAGCGCCUUGCCCUGGAUGCAUUGGCGACGCUGCGUGAACGCCAUGAAAACCUGCUGUUCCAGCUCUGCACUCUGACCAGGGAUGCACCAGAUCAGCCCCUUGGGCUCACGUUGGGGGAGACGACGCAGCUUGGCGUCGUGGUUCAGAGCGUCAAGGAAGGCGGGCUUGCAGCCAAGGCGCAACAAGUCCAUGUCGGCGACGUGCUCGUCAACGUGAAUGGCUGGUCUCUUGCCGGCCUUGCCCGUUCAGACGCCCGCAAGAAACUGCGGGAGGCGAGCGAGGUGCUGCAUCUCGUCCAUGCUCGCCCAAAGAAGCGGUCGCAACCCAACACGGACCUGUAGUCUAGUGGCAGAGGAGUGAGGAGAGAAGGGAGAAGAACGGAGAAAGAAAGUGAAGAAAAGAGGAGAGAAGAGAGCGCGUGUGUAUGUGUGUGCGUGUGCGUGUGUGGAGAAGGUGUGUGAGCGUCCACCUGUGUUCUUGUGUUGGUCUGUAUCACCUACAUACACAUACACAAUAGGUACACUGCUGUGUCACCAUGUCAUAGUGUCAUGUCAUGUCACUAUGUCAUGUCAUGUCACAUCACUGUGUCUUACCAUGCAGACCAUUUGACAUCAUUGUAUCAUUCUAUCGUUCUUAUCAUUACCACCUUACCCAGCAUUCAGAUCAUCAUAUUCUGCCUGUUCCCACUUGGUGCGUGGUUUGUUCAUUCAUUCUGAAGUUCUGAGGUGCUUUGUCCAAGUCCAAGUGACUAAGUGAGCCGAUGUCACCCCACACCGGCUGAUACAAAGCAUCCUGCCUGACUGACAUGCAGUGUCACUGACUGACUUGUGCAUUUCUGAUCGUGCCACCUGCUGUGCUGUUCUCUCGUGAGCUUGCAUCACGUCAAUAGAAGAGGAAA